UGGACCCAGAAGCCCUCAAGCCUUGGCGGGAGCUGGCUGUCUGCGCUGCCCACCGGCCUCCGCCUAGGCUUCCUGGUGUUUGCGGGCCUAGACCUCCCGUCAGGAGGAUUCACCCCUGUGGUGUCGUCCGUGAGGCUGUGGUUGCGGCCUCUUCCUGCGGCGCUAGGCCCCACUCGGCCUCACAGAAGACUCUGGCGUGCCUGUGUGCACUGCGGUCGGGUGGAGGCGGCCGCUCCUCACGGUGUAGACGUGCGGGAGACGGUGCACUUUCCGAUCUUCUCUGAGCUGGAAGUAACUGUGCAAUGAGUACAUUUUUGUCGGGUUUUCUCUGAUUUACGCUGAAUUAUAUGUGUGGAUGAUGUGUACUGCCAAGAAAUGUGGAAUUCGAUUCCAGCCUCCAGCUAUCAUCUUAAUCUAUGAGCAUGAAAUUAAGGGGAAAAGUCGACAGCGCAUCAUGCCAGUCCGAAACUUUUCCAAGUUUUCAGAUUGCACCAGAGCUGCUGAACAACUAAAGAAUAAUCCCCGACACAAGUCUUACCUGGAACAGGUGUCCCUGCGGCAGCUAGAGAAGUUGUUCAGUGUUUUACGAGGUAACUUGCGGGGACAGAGUUUGGCAGAAACAAUGGAACAAAUUCAGCGGGAAACAACCAUUGAUCCUGAGGAAGACCUGAACAAACUAGACGACAGGGAGCUUGCCAAGAGGAAGCGCAUCAUGGAUGAACUUUUUGAGAAAAAUCGGAAGAAGAAGGAUGAUCCAAAUUUUGUCUAUGACAUCGAGGUUGAGUUUCCACAGGAUGAGCAAGUACUGUCCUGUGGCUGGGACACAGAGUCAGCUGAUGAGUUCUGAUACAGAGCACUCGGGAAAGUCAGGGGCUAGCAGAAUACCAUGUUUAUACAAAGAACAUACAGUGAUUCUAGAAAAAUCUGCCAAGAACACUAAAAUGUAUGUGUUGGGUCAUAAUUGGAUUGAUCGUAUUACUUUUCCAAAGCAGUAUAUUUACAUCUACCAGGUAGGUGCAAGCAGGAUAUAGGAAAAACAUUAUAGGAGCCUGCCUUUAAGGAGCUCAUAAACUAAUUGAAAGAUAAGUCAGAAACUUGUGAAAAGAUAUAAUAAUAUAGGCAUUAGAAAAAUUAGAGCCAGGUGCUGGUAGAGGAUAAAGGUCAGAGCCUGGAUUCCUGUAGGGUGGAAUGGCUAGGGGGAGACAGGACAUUGCCUGACCCUGGAAAUCAUAGUAUGUUCACAGAUGCCUGUGUAGGGGUCCAGACUAGAGUGCAUGCAGCAAAGGGGAAGAGGAGUGGCAAAGAGACAACAAGUGGACAUUUGUAUUUUAGCAAAUCACUGUUUGACAAGACUGGAGGGCACUACAGUUACCAGGAAAUGACCCUGGGCGCAUCAUGUUUGUGUGCCUCUGGAGUAGAAGAGGGCCCCUGCAGGAUGCCUGCAGCUGCGAGUGUGUUCCCCAGCCGGGGAAUUCUGCCCCUCUUGGAUCAGGAAACAUGGACAACAGACAUUUCUGAAACCCGGAACCUCUUCCUGUAAAUAAGAGAUUGUUUGUAAAAUGGGAAAUCCACCCACAAUAAAUGAACAAUAGAUACUGCCAGUGUGGACCUACUUAACGAGUCUGUACCUCAAAGAGAGGAUCUUUGUUUAACAAGGUUAUCUGUGUGCAGAUACAUUCAUUCUUACUAGAGUAUUAUUUAAUUGGCAGAAAUCCUGUGUUUUCUACAAGGCAAUUAAUGUCCAUUAAAUAAAACUGUAAAAAUAA